GGGUGAGGCGAGGCGAGGCGCAGCGCCGGCGGGAGGGCGAUGGUGGUGGCGUGAGGCGCGGCGGGACCCGCGCUGCCUGCCCGCCCGGCUGGCGGGGCGACGAGGGGCGGCGUGCGCUCGGUGAGCUCGCCAUGAGCUCGCAGGGGAACGGGGACAGCCGCGGGGCGCUGCCGCCGCGGUAAUGGGCAGCGGCAGCGCUGCCUCUCGCCUGCCGUGUGUGCCAGCGGCCGCGCCUGCCCGGCGGGGCCGGCCCGUCAGGAGCCGCGGGCAGCCCUGCAGUUUCCACAUCAUCUGCUGUGUGAGGAACGCUGAUUCCAUGAGAGAACUUCCUUUCAGUUACCUGUCUGCUCCUAUUGCACGCUGCUCCUGGCCAGUGAUGAGCCAUUCAGCUGGACUGGGAUUUACCAUGAAGAAGGGAGAGGCGGAAUAUUAGCUGUAGACAUCCUAUCAAGUUCUUCAUACACUGUUUUUACUGUGUCUGUAUAUAAACCUGCUAGUAUCAAGCACACGCACUCUUAAACCUACAUCGGUGUUUCCAGAGUUGCUGCUGUGUAAGAGGAUUGGUAUUUCUCACCAUCAUGGCUUCAGUUUGGAAGAGACUACAGCGUGUUGGGAAACAUGCAUCCAAGUUCCAGUUUGUGGCCUCUUACCAGGAGCUGAUGGUGGAAUGCACCAAAAAAUGGCAGCCAGAUAAACUAGUGGUGGUUUGGACAAGAAGAAGCCGAAGAAAAUCAUCUAAGGCUCAUAGCUGGCAGCCUGGAAUCAAGAACCCAUACCGCGGGGUGGUGGUGUGGCCUGUUCCUGAAAAUGUUGAAAUUACUGUGACUCUCUUUAAGGAUCCUCAUGCUGAAGAGUUUGAAGACAAAGAAUGGACGUUUGUCAUAGAGAAUGAAUCUCCUUCUGGACGCAGAAAAGCGCUUGCCACCAGCAGCAUCAACAUGAAGCAAUAUGCAAGCCCCAUGCCUACACAGACAGAUGUCAAGUUAAAAUUCAAGCCUUUGUCUAAGAAAGUGGUAUCUGCCACACUACAGUUCUCUUUGUCUUGUAUUUUCCUGAGGGAAGGAAAAGCCACGGAUGAAGACAUGCAAAGCCUGGCUAGUUUGAUGAGUAUGAAACAAGCUGAUAUUGGAAAUCUAGAUGAUUUUGAGGAAGACAAUGAAGAAGAUGAAGGAAACAGAGUGAAUCAAGAGGAAAAGGCUGCAAAAAUUACAGAAAUUGUAAACCAGUUGAAUGCUCUGAGCAGCUUAGAUGAAGAUCAAGAUGACCGCAUAAAGCGAGCAAAUAUGCCUUCAGCUAAAUCAGCCAGUUCCUCUGAAGAGCUUAUCAAUAAACUUAAUUUUCUGGAUGAAGAGGAGCAAGACCUGGCCAACUCUAGUACGAACCCUUUUGGUGAUCCAGACACAACAGAAUUAAAUCCAUUUGGAGACCCUGAUGUGGAAGAACCGGACACUGAAAUAGCUUCAUCUUCAAAGCCUGAAGAAAGUUUCUACGCUGACAAUUACAAUCCCUUCAAGGAUGAAGAUGCCCCAGAGUACUUGAACCCAUUUGAUGAGCCAGAUCCUGAGCCUGAAACAUUUAUAACUGUAAGAGAUUCUCCUCCACAACCUGCAAAAAGGAAAAACGUCAGACCAGUGGAUAUGAGCAAAUACCUCUAUGCAGAUACCUCUAAAGCUGAAGAGGAGGAGCUAGAUGAAUCAAAUCCAUUUUAUGAACCAAAAUCAAGCCCUGCUUUAAUUAAAGUUGCUCCGCCACAAGAAGCAGAAAAGAAGGUGAAAAGAAAGGCUCCUGAACCACCAAACCUCUUGCCAAAGACAGAGACCGGCAUGGGUGAGAACGUGUCAGCUAUUCCUGCAUCGAGGGAGCUCUCUUCCUCUCCUAAGCCAAGCCCGAUACCAAGUCCUGUUUUGGGGAGAAAGCCAAACGCGAGUCAGUCCCUGCUCGUGUGGUGCAAAGAAGUUACAAAAAACUAUAGGGGAGUGAAAAUCACCAAUUUUACUACGUCGUGGAGAAAUGGUUUAUCCUUUUGUGCAAUAUUACAUCACUUUAGACCAGACCUGAUUGACUACAAGUCCCUGAAUCCUCAAGAUAUUAAAGAGAACAACAAAAAGGCAUAUGAUGGAUUUGCCAGUUUAGGAAUAUCACGAUUGCUGGAACCUUCUGACAUGGUUUUAUUAGCGAUACCUGACAAACUGACUGUCAUGACCUAUCUCUAUCAAAUAAGGGCGCAUUUCUGUGGCCAGGAAUUAAACGUGGUUCAAAUAGAGGAGAACAGUAGUAAAAGCACAUACAAAGUGGGUAACUAUGAAACGGACACAAACAGUUCUGUCGACCAGGAAAAAUUCUACGCGGAGCUGAGCGACCUGAACCGGGAGCCCGAGCUGCACCCGCCGGACAGCGGUUUGGCAGACUUUGCUUCUCAGGAUGACUCCGUGUUUGUAAAUGACAGUGGUGUUGGGGAAUCUGAGAGCGAGCACCAAACUCCUGAUGACCAUUUAAGCCCAAGCACAGCUUCCCCUUCUUCUCGCAGGACUCGAAGUGACACAGAUCCACAGAAAUCCCAGCAGAGCUCUGGAAGGACUUCUGCGUCUGAAGAGGUUGGGCGGUGUGGUGGUACAGAUGCAGCACAAGCACAGCCUGUGUUGGGGAGGAAGAAAUUGCUGAUAGCUGAUAAUUUAGACUUGAGUGACUUGGCACAUGUCGGUGAUGAAAAAGAGGAUGUGUCUCCCACGGCUGCUGGUGAAGAUAACGACAAGAAGAGACACCAGAGCUCAGACAGUACCUCUGGUUCCUCAGAGCAAGAAAAGCUGGGACGUAUCGGGUCCACGGAGAGCACGAGAGCAGAUCCCGGUUCGCCAGUCACAAACCCAAGUUCAUCUCCUACUUCUAAGCUUGGAUACUCCUUCAAAAAGGAUACGGAUCUCACAAAGAAACCGCAUGCUUCUCUGAGGCAAACAGAAUCCGAGUCUGACGGUGAUGCCAGAACAGCUUUAAAUCAUGCGGAUCAAUCUGCAAAAACAGCCCAGCAACGUAUGUUGUCAAGACAGGAAGAACUUAAAGAACGAGCAAGAGUUCUGCUGGAGCAAGCAAGAAGAGAUGCAGCUUUAAAGGCAGGGAAUAAGCAGCUAACCAAUACCAUCAUCCCAGCCCGCAACAAGCAGCUGAAUGACCAAGAUGAAGAGCGGCGUCGGCAGCUGAGAGAGAGAGCUCGUCAGCUAAUAGCAGAAGCUCGAUCUGGAGUGAAGAUGUCAGAACUUCCUAGCUACAGUGAAAUGGCUGCAGAAAAGUUGAAAGAAAGGUCAAAGGCAUCUGGAGAUGAGGAUGAGGAUGAUGAUAAUAUUGAGAUAGAUACUAACGAGGAGGUUCCUGAAUGCUCUGUUACUGGAGGUGGAGAUGAGCUUACUAACCUAGAAAAUGACCUUGAUUCAACGGAACAAAACAGUAAGUUGGUGGAUUUGAAGCUGAAGAAGCUCCUAGAAGCUCAGCCACAGGUGGCAAAUUCACUCUCCAGUGCUGCUCAGAAAGCUGUAACUGAUAGCUCAGAGCAAGACAUUAAGAAUGGAACAGAGGAACACCGUGCUGAGCGAUUACAAAUAGCAGCAGAACGGUUUAGAAAUCCCGUUGUGUUCAGCAAGGACUCUACCGUCAGAAAAACUCAGCUCCAGUCUUUCAGUCAAUACGUGGAGAGCAGACCAGAGAUGAAAAGGCAGAGAUCAAUACAGGAAGAUACAAAGAGAGGAAAUGAGGAGAAGGCUGCGAUAACUGAGACUCAGAGGAAGCCAUCAGAAGAUGAAGUGCUUAAUAAAGGGUUCAAAGACACCAGUCAGUAUGUUGUAGGAGAAUUGGCAGCACUAGAGAAUGAGCAAAAGCAAAUUGACACCCGUGCCGCGCUGGUGGAGAAGCGCCUUCGCUAUCUCAUGGACACAGGAAGAAACACAGAAGAAGAAGAAGCUAUGAUGCAGGAAUGGUUCAUGCUGGUUAAUAAGAAGAACGCCUUAAUAAGACGGAUGAACCAGCUUUCUCUUCUGGAAAAAGAACAUGACCUAGAAAGGCGCUACGAACUGCUGAACCGGGAGCUAAGAGCUAUGCUUGCCAUCGAAGACUGGCAGAAGACGGAGGCGCAGAAGCGGGCGGGAGCAGACUCCUGCUGGACGAGCUCGUCAUCCUGGGUGAACAAGCGGGACGCGCUGGUGCGGGACCUGGACGCGCAGGAGAAGCAGGCCGAGGAGGAGGACGAGCACUUGGAGAGGACCCUCGAGCAAAACAAAGGCAAGAUGGCCAAAGAAGAAAAAUGCGUCCUCCAGUGAGCGGCCUGGGCGGCCGCGCAGCACAGCUCUCCCCUACGUUUUGAAAAAUGCCGACAUGAGAGCGCGGAAAGAGAAAGAAAGAAAGAAAGAAAGAAAGAAAGAAAAGAAAGAAAGAAAA